AUGCUCCACCGACUUCACCAGGUGGUUGACGUCAACGAACUGGGUUCGAGUUUACCGAGCUCAGGUGCUCCAAACGACUUUGCUUCUUCGGCUCGGUCAAUUGAACGCCUGUGUUUGCGUGCAGAACGUUCUGGGCCUUCUGGCUGGGAGCAGGUGCUGCCACAAAUCUCGGAGCACGCCUCACGCUUCCCCAAAGAUGCGCAGGCCUGGAUCUAUUUGGCUCGGGCAAAGAUGGCAUUGGGCAGCAAGCGAGAAGCCUACCGAUCCUUGCAGGAGGCUUUGGCUCUAGAUGAGGAAGUCUACCUGGGCCAUUCCUUGAGUGUCCUUGCAGCUCAAGGAUUCCUCGAUCAGCGUUCGUGGCCACAGGUUGCGAAGCACGCUGAGGCGGCCUUGAACUGUCGUCCUGGAGACCCAGAGGCCCUGGAACUGCUUUUCCAGGAGCUCAGUUUCGAAGAGGUGUGCCAGACGGUCGAGAAGGAGUCUUCCAAGUUAAAGCUUGAGAUGGAUGCCCAUGGUGAGGGUCCUCAGUGUAAGGGCCGCUACUUGGUGGCCAGUUGUGCUUUGAAAGCGGGCGAUGUGAUCUUGUCAGAGCUGCCCCUCUUCGAAGGAAACACUGACGCCAAGAAGAGUGAGAAGGUUUACUCGGACGCCUUUCUGGAAAAGCUCCACGCCAAAGAGGAGCAGCAGGAUGAUUUUGAAGAGGAUUGUUUCCAUCCGCGGAGCCCUUUGAUGGACUGUGUUGCCGCCGUUCUUCUUUGCAAGCUCGAAGUGCUGGACAAGGAAGGAAAGGACAGCUGGGACCUAGCUGCCCUGAACAUGCGCAAGUUUUGCGCACUUUGCAGAAGUCCAGUGCAAUCGACCACUGACCACAAGGAGUGUGUGGAGGAUCUGUGGGGUGCCUUGAAACCCGAAUUGCAGAAAGUUACGUCUCUUGAAGAGUUGAGUCACAUUAUUCAGAUUCUCAGCAGCAAUCGCUUCGGACAUGGCGGGAACAGCAUGCAAUUGAUGUUUGCGGGAAGCAUGUUUGAACACUCGUGCUUGCCAAAUUGCUUCCUGGGUACCUGGGCCACUUCAGACCAUGCGCCCCAGACGUACCGAGCACUACGAGACAUUGAAAAGGGUGAGGCCUUGUCCAUCGACUACUUGAAUUUUCCCUUGGGCUAUUGUCCAGUCUCGGCACGUGCGCAGUCCUUUCAAAAUUGGGGCUUCACUUGCAGUUGUUUGAGGUGCACGGAGUUGCCCGAAGUGGAGCGGAGUUUCUAUUGCCCUGACUGUGGAGAACCGGAUCUUUGCCCGCGGAAGCCCGGGAGUUCGGAGCUCCAAUGCCUCUCAUGUAAGAAAGUGGCCGAGGCUGACUACGCCGCUCGCUGCUUUGAAAAGGAGGCCCAGCUACAGCCUGAACCUGGUAGCCCAGCCACGGAGACCUUGCGAAAGAUCCAAGGAGAGACCGACGAAGAGAAUUUGUUGGGCCAUCGUCACCAUCUUGUGGUGCAGGCUUUGUGGCAAGACGUGGAAGAGGGACUUCCUGAUUCUGCUGAGCUCCCAGCCUUUCAGCAGAUGUUGGAGGCCUUGAUCGAGAGCAUCUCCUCCGUGGGGCGAUUGGAGCUGCAUCCAAGCAUGUUGAACUUCUACCACCUGGCGGCUUUGUCGACUCAAGAGGAUUUGGAAGCUCAAAAGCACUACUUGCAGCUGGAGCACCGCAUCUUGCAGCGCUUCUACCCAGAUGAGGCCCAACGCCAGGAGGAUGAGAUUAUGGCCUUGGUGAAAUGCAACGCACCUCCCACAAAAGAUGGGCUGGGGCAGAUGGACUGA